AUGGCUAAUGAUAUACAACAAUUUGGUAUAAUUGAAAAACCUUUACAUCUUAGUUAUUUACGAGAUUUUCGAGUUGAACAAUGCCAAUUAUUUCUUCAACAUAAAUGCACACAACAUCGACCUUUUUCAUGUUUUUAUUGGCAUUUUCAAAAUCAACGACGUCGUCGUCCUUUUCGUAGAGCAGAUGGAACAUUUUCUUAUGAUCCUGAUUUUUAUUGUAAUGGUUAUGAUGAACAAAGUGGUGUUUGUCCAAAUGGUGAUGAUUGUCCACUUUUACAUCGAAAUGCAAAUGAUACAGAAAAACGUUAUCAUUUACGAUAUUAUAAAACAGGUUUAUGUACACAUGAAUCUGAUGCUAAAGGACAUUGUCUUAAAAAUGGUCCACAUUGUUCAUAUGCUCAUGGUGCCAAUGAUUUACGACAACCAAUACUUGAUAGUCGUGAAAUGCAAAAUAGUGAUUUAGCUUUAGAAAGACUUGCCCGAUUAUGUAUUAGUUUAGAAAAUGAACGAGCUUUAAAUGAUGAUCCCAAAUGGAGUGAUUCUCAUUAUGUACUUGCAAAUUAUAAAACUGAACCAUGCAAACGUCCUCCACGUCUCUGUCGACAAGGUUAUGCAUGUCCUCAAUAUCACAAUCCACGUGAUCGUCGUCGUAAUCCAUCGAUAUUUAAAUACAAGUCAACACCAUGUCCACAUGUAAAACAAAAUGAUGAAUGGAUUGAUCCAACAGUAUGUGAAGCUAGUGAUAGUUGUAAAUAUUGUCAUACACGUACUGAACAACAAUUUCAUCCAGAGAUUUAUAAAUCAACUAAAUGUAACGAUGUUUCAAUAACAAGUUAUUGUCCACGUGGACCAUUCUGUGCUUUUGCUCAUAUUGAACAAGAAUUAAAAUCCUAUCGAGAUUUUGAUCUUCAUUAUACAAGUGAAUUACCAUUAUCAUCAUUUAUUCCAAUACCAGAAGAUAAAGAAGUUUGUAUUAUUGAUGCAUUAUCAUCAACACGAAACAUUCCAAAAAAAUCAUCUCAACCAUCUAUAUAUGACGUUGAAUCAUUUCGAGGUGUUACGAUAAAUACAUUUGAUCGACAUUCUUCAAGAACAAAUAAUUCUUCUAAUACAUCAUUUACAAUGCACGAAAUGCUUUCAAAAUUAACUCCAUCACAACAUAUUUAUGAACCACCACGUGUAUCACCAUCAUCAUUUUUAAAUGAUCAAUUUCUUUUAUCGGCUGCUGCAAUAGCUGCUAGUCAUUCUUAUCCACCACCAUCAUCUUAUUUAUCAUCAUUAGCAGAAUCAAAUUUACUUUCAUCGAUAAAUGCACAUUUUCAUUCAAUAACAUCAACAUCAACAAAUUAUUUUGAUGAAAAAAAAGAUAAUCAACAACAACAAAUUUUACCAGCAGAUGUUAAAAAUUUAAUUGAAUCAUCAUUAACAGCUAUUGGUUUAGAUCAUGUUGAUGAUAAUGAUUUUGAUAAAGCAGCUACAAAUGAACAAAAUACUAAUGAUUUACUUAUUGAUAAUGAUAUGGAUAGUUUUGAACGUUCAACAACGCCAGCUACAAAUAAUACAUCACCAACUAAUUUAUUAACAUCAUCAACAAAUCAAAUAACAAGACCAAUGAAUAUUCCAAAUUCAUUUUCAAAUGAUUAUUUUUCACAUUCAUCAUCACUGAAAUCACCAUUUAAUGCACCAAAUCAAUUAUUUGAAGAAGCUUUAGAAUCACCAAUCGAUACACCAUUUCCUGAACCAUCAACAUCAAGUGGUACAAGUAGUCGACCCGGUGAACUCUAUAAAAUGGCUGGUUUUAGUCAAGACUUACCAAUAUCACUUCAUCAUUUACAAUCAACAUCUCCUCAAUCGAUGUUUCAACGUCUUAAUACAACAACAAGUACAACUUCAUCAUCAUCAUCAUCUGAAAUUGAUUUAAUGCGAAAUCGUAUAUUACAAAUGCAAGCUUUAGUUAUGACUGAAAAAGAGUCAUCGGAACAUUGGCGUCGUGAAGCGAAAGAAAAUCAUCGAUUAACUGUUCAACUUGAACAAGAAAAAAGUCAUGCUAUACAACAACGUGAUGAUGCUUUACAUCAAAUUGAGCGAAUGCGUCAAUUACUUGUACAUAAUGUGCGUUUAUUACCAAGUGAUCAAGAUUUAAUGCAAUUGACACUUGAUGAUGUUCGAUCAUUACAAACGCAACUUCAACAAGAAUUAUCAAAACUUUCAGUUAUUGAACAAAUGAAAUCAAAUAAUGUUCAACAGACGCCAUCGGUAGAUAUCAGUCCGGCAAAGCCAACCGCUACUACUUCAUCUCAUCAACGACAUGCUAAAAAUCAUCAUGGCAAACAUGUUUUAGUCCCUUCAACGUCUAAACAAUAA